UUGGACGGUUCAUUUUCUGGUGCCCUGGACUCUUCUCCAUGAUGUCCCCAUAUACUCACACCUAGUCAUCUCCAAGCCUUGCUCCGCGUGCCUUCCCGCAUCAUCUGGAACUGACUUCACGUAUUUGGGGGAUGAACAUUGGGGCUCCCUGUGCUCCCCUGACCUCAUAGAGGUGACCCAGGAUGAAGACUAUUCGGAAGGUUUUGGACGGCUUAACUGCUUCAGCGCCGGUUGGAGCAGGAGUCGGUGGUGGAACAGGUGGUGGUUCUCCGUUGAAUCCAUCCGGGCAGCUGGGGGCCGUCGUGUCACCCCGAGAAAUGGAAAUCCAGGAGAGCCUUACCUCCGAGCAGUUCCAAGUGUGCAAGACUGUUCGCCAUGGUUUUCCAUAUCAGCCCACCGCUUUGGCAUUUGACCCGGUGCAGAAGAUUCUGGCGAUCGGCACCCGGACCGGAGGAGUGCGAAUACUGGGCCGACCUGGUGUGGAUUGCCACUGCCAGCAUGAUAGCGGCGCCGCCGUCCUGCAUCUCCAGUUCCUUAUCAAUGAGGGUGCCUUGGUCACUGCAUGUGCCGACGAGACGCUUCACUUGUGGAGCCUGAGGCAGAAGCGUCCAGCUGUGCUCCACUCGCUUAGAUUUAACAAGGAACGGAUCACGUGCUGCCAUCUGCCUUUCCAGAGUAAGUGGCUCUACGUGGGGACGGAGAGAGGGAACACGCACAUUGUAAAUAUUUUAUCCUUCGUUCUUUCUGGAUACAUGGUGAUGUGGAACAAGGCAAUAGAACUAUCCACCAAGACUCACCCGGGGCCAGUUGUACAUUUAAGUGACACCCCACGAGAUGAAGGCAAGUUGCUCAUUGGAUAUGAGAGCGGCACCAUUGUCCUGUGGGACCUGAGGUGUAAGCGAGCCGAUCUGCGAUUCUACUAUGAUGAGGCCAUUCACUCUAUAGGCUGGCACCAUGAAGGACGGCAGUUCAUGUGCAGCCAUUCGGACGGCAGCCUCACCGUGUGGAACCUAAAGAACCCAGCCAAACCCUUCCAAGUCACCAUUCCCCAUGGGAAGAGUCAAAGAGAUGGAAGGAAACACGAGUCGUGUAAACCCAUAUUAAAGGUGGAGUACAGGACGUGUAAGAACAGUGAGCCGUUCAUCAUCUUCUCCGGCGGAUUGUCCUACGACAGCAGGAGACCAAGUCUGACCAUCAUGCAUGGCAAGGCAAUCACUGUCCUGGAGAUGGACCAUCCUAUUGUGGACUUUCUAACACUUUGUGAGACACCUUAUCCCAACGAAUCCCAGGAGCCGUAUGCUGUGGCAGUGCUGAUGGAGAGAGACUUUGUCGUGGUGGAUCUUACCCAAAGCAACUUUCCUAUCUUCGAGAAUCCCUACUCCAUGGAUAUCCACGAGUCCCCGGUGACCUGCACAGAGUAUUUCGCAGACUGCCCUCACGAGUUCAUCUUAGUUCUUUAUGCUCUUGGAGCUAAAAACAAAAAACAAGGAUACAGCAACAAGGAAUGGCCAAUAAUCGGCGGCAUCUGGAACCUGGGAACCUCAGCGUACCCCGAGAUCAUCGUUACAGGACACGCGGAUGGUUCUGUUAAAUUCUGGGACGCCUCUGCCACCAGCCUCCAGAUGUUAUACAAGCUGAAGACCUCCAAGGUGUUUGACAAGCCGAAGCCGGGGGAAGGGAAGCAGAUGGCGGAGAUAGUGGAAGACGACCCCUUUGCCAUCCAGAUGAUGUCUUGGUGUCCGGAAAGUCGCAUCUUCUGUGUAGCGGGGGUGUCCGCCUAUGUCAUCAUCUACAGGUUCAGCAAACACGAGGUGGUAACGGAGAUAACGUCCCUAGAAGCUCGGCUGCAGUAUGAGGUUGAGGACAUUAUGACCCCCGAUCCGGACAGUGUACCUCCAUUUCCUGAACCCACAAGUCAACCCCUGUCCUCCAGGAGCAGAAACCUGGCAGGCAGCGCUAACACUGUGACAACUGAAGGGCCCCCGAAGGACAGUGUCCCUUGUCUGAGUGUGAAGAGCCGGCCGGUGCGGAUGCCCCCCGGAUACCAGACAGAACUCGUAGUCCAGCUGGUAUGGAUGGAUGGAGAACCUCCACAGCAGAUCACCAGCCUGGCGGUCAGCUCUGCCUACGGCCUAGUUGCCUUUGGGAACUGUAACGGCCUGGCUGUGGUGGAUUACAUUCAGAAAACCAUCCUGCUCAGCACGGGGACCGUCUAUUUACACGGAGCCAGCGACCCGUACCAGAGACAGCUGCGCUCUCCACGCAAGAGUAAGCAGUUCCCCACAGGUCUGACAGAACUCACAGACAGCCCCGUGUCCCUGGAGCUGGAUCGCUGCAAGUCUCCCACCUCAGUUAAAGGAUCGAGAAAGUUAAGUCUGCCAACAGAUCUUAAGACUGAUCUUGAUCAUGUGAACGGUCACUGCACAAGUCCCACGUCACAGUCCUGCAGCUCAGGGAAGAGGCUCUCCAGCGCCGAUGCCACCAAAUCCAACAGGAGGGGCCCGGGCAGACCACCAUUUCGAAAAGCCCAGUCUGCAGCGUGUAUGGAGAUCUCCCUGCCUGUCACUACCGAAGAAAGUCGAGAGAACUCCUUCAGCCGCUCGCGCAGUUCCAGCGUGUCCAGCAUCGAUAAAGAGGCUAAGGAGGCCAUCACGGCUCUGUACUUCAUGGAGAGCUUCGCCCGCAAGCACGACCAGGCUGCUUCACCGUGCCUAUGGGUGGGCACCAGCCUGGGUAUGGUGCUGAUCAUAUCACUGAACGUACCCCCGACUGAAGACCAGAGGCAUAGCGAGCCGGUGCAGGUGUCUCCCAGCGGCACCAUGCUCACCAUGAAGGGCGCAGUGCUGACCUUCUCCUGCCUGGAUUGCAUGGGCUCCUUAAUUCACCCGUCGUAUGAAGUCUGGAGGGACCCGAACAGCGGAGAAGACAACGAGAAGACGAGGAAGAGGAAACUGGUGGCCUUCUCCCCAUCCUCCUCGCAGGACAUCGGAGAUCACCAGUUUGCUGUCGUCUGUUCAGAGAAGCAAGCCAAGGUGUUCUCGCUGCCGUCCCAGACGUGUCUGUAUGUGCACAACAUCACCGAGACCUCCUUCCUGCUCCGAGCCGACGUGGUCACCAUGUGCAACACCGUCCUGCUGGCCUGCUUCUGUGCCAACGGCCACAUCAUGACCAUCAGCCUCCCCAGCCUCCGGCCUCUGCUCGAUAUCAACUACUUGCCGCUUACAGACAUGAGAAUAGCGCGGACGUUCUGCUUCACCAACCACGGCCAGGCGCUGUACUUAUGUUCUCCGAGCGAGGUCCAGAGGAUCACCUACAGUCAGGAGAUGUGUGAGAGCCUGCAGGACGCGCUCGGAGACCUCUUCUCACUGGUGGAGACUCCUGAGGCCCAGAACAGAGGCUUCCUGAAAGGACUCUUUGGUGGAAGUGGACCGACAUUGGACCGAGAAGAGCUGUUUGGACAGGCGUCUGCAGGAGUCGGCUCCCGCCACCUCGCCGAGCAUAUCCCCGGGCCGAGAAGUGUGGAGGGGGUGAAAGGAGCGGCCACUGGAGUGGCGGCAGAUCUGAGUAGAGCUCGUCAAGCUCUGGAUGAGCGAGGACAACGGCUGGGCGAGCUGGAAGACAGGACAGAGCGCAUGUUGUCAAGUGCCGAAACUUUCUCUAAACAUGCACAUGGGCUGAUGGUGAAAUACAGGGAUAAGAAGUGGUACCAGUUCUAGGGUCCGGAGCCGUUCCGGAAAAGCGCACUGACCCUUUAAUCGAUGGCUAAACUCCAGCAUUCUCCAGCGACCUGGCGUGCAGCACUCUGGCGGUGGAGGACCACAGAACGGACACACGGGACAACCCCUCCUGCAGCGUAGCGGACGCGAGGGGAGCUCAACAAAAACGUCUCUUCCUAUUCUCGAGGGCAUGACAACUUUUUUUUUUUUAAGUGUUUUCUGAUAAAAUCAGUGUCCUGUAAAAUCGCAGCUGUAAUUCCCCGCACUCCUGGCGACGACUCUGCGCAGAACACGUACAAUCCGAAUUUGCAUGACAAGAAGAGCCGCAUGCCGUGGAUUGCAGCAGGAAGGAGGGCGUUACCCGGGGCGCAGAGGGCGGAGUCUUUUCAUUUGCGCACCUCGUUCCCGCUGUUUAUUUUAGAGCUUUGUCUUCGCUGCACUUAGAAUCGCGAUGUUCCCCGGAUGAGGACGCCACGAGCGGAGAUCAGCGGCAGCAGUGCACAGAGCUGUACAGAUGUAUAAAGAGAGAAAUUAUCUUACAUGACGCUGGGCUGCACUAUUCUGUACCCAACCACUUCUUAUGUAAAUGAAUGGGGCCCCCAGGGGCCAGCGUAUUCUGUGAGUGGCUGCGGCAGGUGUCACUCGCCCCCAGUUCUUUCAGUAGAGUAGUUCUACAACUGGAAAG